UACGACGUCGUCGUCAUCGGCGGCGGGCACGCGGGCACGGAGGCCGCGGCGGCCGCCGCGCGGCGCGGCGCGUCCGUCGCGCUCAUCACGCCGUCGCCCGCGAAGACGAUCGGAGAGAUGUCGUGCAACCCGUCCAUCGGCGGCCUCGCGAAGGGGACGCUCGUCCGAGAGAUCGACGCCCUGGACGGUCUCAUGGGCGUCGCCGCGGACGCGGCGGGGAUCCAGUUCAGGGUCCUCAACGCGAGCAAAGGGCCCGCGGUUCGAGGGCCGCGAGCGCAGAUGGAUCGAACGGCGUACAAGAACGAGAUCCAGAGCCUCCUCGGGAACGUUGGAGGGGUGACGAUCGUGGACGCCGCCGUCGCGGACCUCAUCACGCCGGCGCCGCGCGCGCUCGGCGUGAUCCUGGACCGCGGCGGCGGCGGCGCGUCGACGAGAAUACGAUCGGCGGCGGUCGUCGUCGCCACGGGGACGUUCCUCAAGGGCGUUCUUCACGUCGGCUCGGAGACGAUCCCCGCGGGGCGCUUGCCGACCGCGGUGACGGAGGGUCCGGACAAGAGCGCGAGCGCGGGGGCGAACCUGCUCGCGGACCGUCUCUACGGGAUGGGAUUUAAGAUGGGUCGGAUGAAGACCGGGACGCCGCCGCGACUGGACGGCGCGUCGAUCGAUUGGGGCGGCUUAGAGGAGCAGCCGGGGGAUGAACCGCCGCGACCGUUCGCGUUCCAUAACGGAUCGCUCGCGUCCGUCGUGCCGUGGCGACCGACGCUGCGGCAAGUCAGCUGCUACGCGACGCGGACGACCGCGGACACGGAGGCUUUCGUCGCGUCGAAGCCGCGGUCGAAGCGCGAAGCCGGCGCGCCCGGCGUCGGCGCCGCGCCGCGGUACUGCCCCUCGCUCGAGUCGAAGUUCACGCGCUUUCCGAACCGGACGCACCUCGUGUGGCUCGAACCGGAAGGGUUAGACACGGACGUCGUGUACCCGAACGGUCUGAGCAACUCGUUAGAGCCGAGCGACCAGGUGGAGAUGCUGCGAACGAUCCCGGGGUUGGAAAACGUCAAGAUGCUGAGGCCGGGGUACGGCGUGGAGUACGACUACGUCGACCCCAGAGAGCUCCGCGCGACGCUGGAAACGCGCCGCGUUAGUGGGCUCUUCCUCGCCGGGCAGAUCAACGGCACCACGGGGUACGAAGAAGCCGCCGCGCAGGGUUUGCUCGCGGGCGCCAACGCCGCGGGCGCCGCGCGCGAGGACUUAGGCGCGAUCCCGAACGAGAUAACCUCCAGAGGCGGGUCGUACCUCGGCGUGCUCGUGGACGACCUCACGCGCCGCGGAACGUCCGAGCCGUACCGGAUGUUCAGCAGCAGGGUCGAGCACCGGCUGUCGAUCCGGCCGGAUAACGCGGACCUGCGUCUGACGAGCGCGGGGGUGAGGUGCGGGCUCGUCGGGGAGGCGCGCGGGAGGGCGGCGGCGACGCGCGCGGCGUUGGUAACCGACGCGUUAGAAGCGUUACAAAGCGCGAAGAUGUCGCCCACGCUGUGGCGCUCGAUGGGCUUACGCGCCGAAGCGUCGGAGGUUUGUAACGCUUCUGACGCGUCCGUUACUGACGCGACGUUCACCGCGUUGAGCGACGCCUCCGCGACGCUUCAAAGGGUCCUCUCGAACGACCCCAGCGCGCUCGAGUCCGCGGCGACGGAGUGUUACUACGCGCCCUAUCUCGCGAAGCAGCGACGCGACGUCGAAGAUUUGAAAUCCGAGGAGGCGACGACGAUACCCGCGGAGUUGGACUACGCGAGCAUAGGGAGCCUCUCCGCGGAGGAUGUCGAGAAGCUGAACGAGGCAAAGCCGGCGAACAUCGCGGCCGCGGCGAGGAUCUCCGGGGUCACCCCCGCGGCGUUGGUGAGUUUGAUACGGCACGCGAGGAGCGCGAAAUGGGAAGACAAGCGUCGCGGCGGCGGCGGCGGCGCGGUGGAAGGAGUGCGCGCGUCAGACCCGACGUAG